GAUAGCCGCAUGUCGAGACAAAGAUGCUGUACUAAGGACAACCGCGUCAUGAAGGAGCAUGGAAGCCGCAGCUAAUGAUGGCGCAUAUGUGUUGCGCGACUUGAUGCGCAAUGCCCCACUCUCGCCCGACGGAGAAGACGAACACGAUGUCUACAUAACAUGCGUCGAUGCCUGGGAUGGCAAUUUGUACAUCGGGACUUCUGCAGGGGAAAUACUCCACUUUGUCUCCAUAGCCUCGCCCGACUCGGACCAACCUACGUAUAUCCUCGCUUCCCGCCUACAGCCCGAGCACUCGACCAGGCAGAGUGAUGCGCCACCACUCGUCGAGCAAAUACUCUUGCUACCUUCUGUCGGCAAAGCUUGCGUCUUAUGUCAUGGCACUUUGACCUUCUACACAUUACCUGAGCUCAGUCCGGCAUUUGGCGGAAAGAUCAAGCAGAAUGACUGCACAUGGGUCGGAGGUCUCGAUCGUGAUCUGGACGGCCAGGAAUUGGACUCGGCCGAUGGUUGCAUCAUUGUCAUUUGCCUGAGAGGGAAAUUGCGUGUCAUCCGGAUCAUGCAACAGGGCUCUCCUCGCAGGAUUAGGGAUAUCGAGCUUGGAAACUGCCUGGACAUACAGCGUAGAGCAGACCUUGCUUGUGUCGCCGACGGAACAUCAUAUGCCUUGCUGGAUAUCAUCAAUCAGCGCAAGAUUGACCUUUUCCCCAUCUCAUCCUCGGACCAUCCUCCCUCUGGCCGUCAAAGCCCAGACGUCGAGCCCCCUCCGAUACAACGUCCUCCCUCACGUAGCUUCUCGGCCACUAGUCCUGUCCGCAGACCUGAUCUACGUGCUCAGGAUAGAGUCUCUAGUGUAGGAGGUGCUCCUCAGACUCCUGGUCGUCAAACUCCUGAUCGUCUGCAUCCCAACGACUCGCCUUCAGCAUGGCCCAAUCGCGCUGCUUCACGUCAAGCACUAUCUCCUUCUCCCACAAGACCGCUUGCCAGUCCUUCGUUGGACACUGAUGGGAAACUUCUACCACCCACUCCUCUAUUCGAGAUGCCUUCGCCGAGACCUCAAUCGGCACUCAAGCCUCAUAUCUGCACUCCCACGCCAAACGAGUUCCUACUGACAACUGGUACAUCGCCUGACGAUCCUGCAGUCGGCAUGUUUGUCAAUCUCGAUGGAGAUGUAGUCAGGGGCACAAUCCAGUUCGAAAGCUAUCCUGACUCAAUUGUUGUCGAUGGCCAAGCUUCUGUUUCUUCUAUGCCAACAAUGCCUGGAGACUUGUCUCAGGAAGGCUACGUGGUGGCUGUCGUCCGUCGUGAAAAGGAUGGUGUCAUCCAAAGGGUUGUCGAGUACCAACGUUGGGAUGUUGAUCCAGCAGACAACCUGUACCACAAAGACUACCUCACUCUGCCUGAUUCAGACAUGUCCAGAUCCAACAUGGCCUUGCGAGAGGCUACUACGGCCACCAAUCUUAGUCUACCCUCAGUCGGCAAAGCCCUGAGUCUAAGACGUCUGUAUCUUCACGUACCGACCCCUGAAGAGACCGAGUCUGAUGUCAAGCGCAACAAUGACGAAGACAAGUUGAUGGACCGCUUCUCGAAUGUUCAGAGCAAGGUUCUGCUAUUCGCGGCUGAUUCGAUCUGGUGGUUAGCGCGGAAUCCUCUGGUCGUGCAGCUCGAAACAAGGUUACGUGCUGCUGUUGAAACGUCGACCGAUGUGUUCAGCGUGAAUCGGAGUCAGGUCCAGGCUGUCCUCAACACUAUUCGUGGUCGGGAAGCCGCGAACGAGUUCGAAUUUCUCGGCUUCAACUACGUCCGCCAACAAGCCUCCUUACUAUUGUUGAUCGAUCUCAUCAUCAGAACCAACCAAGGUGUCGUUGCGUCUGAGCAGGACAAGCGUUCUACACACGAUGCUCUUGUCGAGGGAGAAAUUGAUCCUCGCAUUGUCUUGUCAAUCAUACCUGUGCUCUCGGAAGAGGUUGUUGAAGGUUCACAAGGUCUCUGGAUACCUGGUGGACUCAAAGAAGCCGUGGAUCAGUUUAAAGCACAAUAUCAUGCCGACUCGAUCAACCAAGAUCCUCAAGGUCCUUAUGGAGAUAAUUUGCUGCAAGUUUUGAAGCACUACCUUCAGUCAUGGCGAAGGAAGAAAGGCUUUGGCAGUAUCGCGGACGAGAAACAGGUCUUCCAUACAGUCGAUGGGGCAUUGCUGUCUCUGUUAUUGAUGCUCGAUAGUAACACAUUUCCGGGACCGGCAGCGCCCGGAUCGUUGAGAGCUGAGCUCAACGAUGUAGUCGAUCAGGGUGUCGAAUGCUUUGAUCGUGCAGUUGAGCUUCUUGAACAACAUAAGCGCCUCUACGUGCUAAGUCGACUGUAUCAAAGUCGCCGAAUGGUGGGGCAAGUCUUGUCCACCUGGCGUCGUAUCCUUGAGUCGUCCGAAGACAUUGGUGGUGAGCUGAUCGACGGUGAAUUGGAUGUGCGCAAAUAUGUUACAAGAAUCAAGGACGUCGAGCUUGUCAAGGAUUACGGUACUUGGCUCGCCAAUCGUAACCCUUCGCUGGGUGUGCAAAUCUUUGCAGAUGAGACUGCUAGAGUCAAGUUCACACCUGCUGAAGCUGUUGACCUGCUCAGGGAGCGCGCACCAGCGGCUGUCAAAGACUACCUGGAGCACCUGGUCUUUGGAAAGAACCAAAACCAAUACGCGAACGAUCUCAUCUACUUCUAUCUCGAUACCGUCACCGAAGCCAUUGCUGACCCUGCCACCUCGGCACGGGAUAUUUUACUCACGUCAUAUCACACUUACCGCGCUUUGCUGCCUCCAAAGCCUACAUACAGUCAAUUUAUUCUCGACAACAGUCUUCCAGACACUUGGUGGCAGAACCGAUUGCGACUUCUACAACUCAUCGGUGGUUCGUCUGUCUACGACGUUGAGGCACUGAGCAGCAGAUUGGAGUCGUAUUCAGAAGUCCUCGUGCCUGAAUUGAUCGUUCUCGACGCACGGAGACACGAACAUCAAAAAGCCCUCAAACUUCUCGUACACGGUCUAGCUGAUUUUGACACUGCUGUACGAUAUUGCCUUCUCGGUGGAAGCAGUAUAUUCCAUCCCGCCACUUCUUCGACGUCUAUUCCAUUGCCAUCCAAGGAAGAACAACAAGUCCUCUUCAUACAUCUUCUACACUGCUACCUCGAUCUCGAGGAUGAGCACCAGCGGCUAGAAAGAGUCUCUGAGUUACUCGAGCGCUUUGGAAGCUGGUUUGAUGUCGCUGAAGUGCUACCAUUGCUUUCUCCUUCCUGGCCGCUUGAUCACUUUUCAGCCUUCAUGGCAAGUGCAAUGGGCAGAUUGGUGUCUGAGAGAAACGAAACAGUAAUAGUCAGAGCAUUGGCUGGGGCUCAGAAUUUGAGGAUCGCGGUGGAUGUGGUGAGCAAGAUAGAAAAAGAAGGUGCCACAUGGGAAAGCGUCAAGAAGGAUAGUGGUAUUGCGUGAUGCUAUCCCACGCACCAAUCAGAAACUUUUGUCAGUGUACACUACUGUUGAGUCAGACCAGAGCUUGAAGAGCUUCAGCCUAGGGCAAGAAAGAGAAUAUACUUUGAUCAAAGAUCACUUUUCACAAGUCACCAGUCACGGGGCAGCAACAGUGCAACACGAACAUGGGACUAGAUCACAAUCACUCUACACAAAUUUUACACGAGAAGAAGUUUAAAAGGGAAAAAAAAAAUGGAACAUCAUUUGCGAGUUUAUUGUGAGUAAGCAAAGAAGACAACUUGAUAGAACAGGGUGAAAAAGGGUCAAAAGAAAAGCGAGAAAAACGGCCCCCCUUUAAGUAAACAUAACGCCAUCAGGGAAGCGAGAACACAACAAGCCUAAAAAAGUCAUGCCCAAACGAAAUAGAAAAAAAACUUGUAAAGCAACAUCCACAAAAGCCUUCCAUUUCCUUGCCAAAAAAGAUAAAACCAGUAUAAUCCAGCACACCCUCUCAGGAG